GACAUUAUCUUCUUUUAUCUCACGCACGAUAAUAUCCUCUCAAAUGUAAUGUAAUCUGCAAAAUUGUCGCAUCCUCGAAAUGUAGUACACUAUAUGAAAUCGUCGAUUUUCUGUAGAUUUUUUCGAUGGAAUCGGAAAAAAAACAAAUUUAUUUCCAACGCAUUUUGGAGCUCUGCCGCUGUUUCACACGAAUUGUAUCGGAAACUCCUAAUUUUUCGACGCUCACGCACGCUCUUGUCGCGUGAAUGUAAUCGACAAAUGGAAAGCGAGAGUAGAAAGUGCCGGCUUGGUGCGGUAAAGUGUUAUCUUUUUUCUUUUUUUGACCAAUCCUUCUAUUGCUUCUCCGUUCAAACACGAGGAUCCAAACAGCGGUUGUAAUAUUGUGAGGAACUGUCACACCUCCGCUUCUAAAGACGACACUGUCGCAACGCACUGUAUACUCAAACGCUCGCAAUGUGCUAUCGCAACGUUGCUGCAGUUCUUUUCUUUCUGCCUUUUUCCUAUUCUACCGAAUUCUCACAUAACUAAACACUCACUGAUGCUGCUCCUCUUGGCAGCGAUAAUACAAACGUCGAUCUUCGGCUUCUACUAUAAAACUCAAGUUUUUUCUCGAGCGUUUAUCGAUGAACUUCGUAAACGAAAAAAAUUUCGCAGUUCGAGGACGUUUAUGAUUGUGAAAUGCCAUGACAUGACGAAAAAAAUAAAAAAAAAAACAUGUGCACCACAGCAAGCCGAUAAUAUUUUGACAUAUUCUGCCCCGUUGUUGAAUGUUGUUCUGUAGAGCCCGGAACAAUCCGGAACAUGAAUCGUACACGAAUAUGCAAUCGAAGUGUGAGAGUAAGAGUGGUGAGUGGUGGUGGUGAAAGCGAGAGUGAGUGAGGCGAGAUCAAAGAGAAGAAAGAUCGCGACGAUAGCGCCGAGAAAUUCUUUACGGCUUGGAGGUCGAACUAUUGGAAUCGAUAUUUUGUCCGUUGCACACAGCCGGGAACAUACGAAGACGACCGUUUCGAAUCAUUACAUGCUUCGAAUGAGGACUUUUUAAUAUUGCAACGAGUUUUGGAAAAUCCUCGUCAUUUCUUUAACCGGAAUUUGGAGUGUUUUAUGGUACACGAAGAAGUGGCGUGAAUGCAGAUCGCGUUUUUCCAAAUUGGCUAAAUGUCUGCCGGGACCACCGACUAUUCCGCUCGUCGGGAAUGCCUUGAGCUUCGCUUUUUGCCGACAAGAAAAACUGCUCGAUCGUAUCGUAAGUGUCUUAGCACCUUACGAAGCUGUUUCACCGAUCAGAAUUUGGAUGGGGCCUGCGCUGUAUAUUGUGAUUACCGCUCCUCGGGACAUAGAGAUUGUACUGAACAGUCAGCACGCAGCGAAGAAGGGAAUGGUCUAUAAAUUUUUAUACCCCUUUGUCGGCGAAGGUCUCAUAAGUGGCUCCGGCUCUGAUUUCAGCUGGAUAUCUCACAGGAAAAUGUUCUUGACGACGAUGAACCAACGAAUUCUCCGCGAGCACGUCAAGAUAUUCGACAAAAGAUGCCGAAUGUUGACGAGAAAGUUGGAGAAUCUUGCUGAUCGAAGAACAAUCGACAUUCACGAUUACGUCGAAGGAUGUACAAUCGACCUUGCAAGUGAAACCAUACUGGGAUGCGACGACGUUAACGCACUGGACAAUCCUGAUCACGAAUUCGCUCGAAGCACGGCCGAAAUGUACGAAAUCGUUUAUACCCGGAUGUUCCGGCUGUGGAUGCACCCUGAUUGCGUGUUCCGCUUGACCUCGAAGUACGAGAGACAACGCUGCAUCGUUAAAGUAAUUCAUAAUUUCACGGAGAAGUGCAUCGCCGCCAAGAGGGAGGAAUCGCUGAAUAACUCGCACGACGUUGAAAGAAUUUCUAUACUGGAACAGAUCCUCGAGGCUAACGACGUCACUCACGCAUUAACCGACGAUGAAAUCAGAGACGAGAUUUAUACGGUCUUCUUAGCUGCCCAGGACACGCUCGCCAUUGUCAGUAGUUUCGCCAGCUUGAUGUUCGCCAUGCACCCGGAGAUUCAGGAGAAAGCGAGGAAAGAGAUUCGGGAAAUAUGGAGCGAAGAUGAACCGGUUACGUUGGAGCAUUUGAAUCGCAUGAAAUACUUGGAAUGCUGCGUCAAAGAGACUUUGAGACUUUUUCCAAUAGCCCCUCUGUUGAUCAGGCAUCUCAAAUCCGAGCUUGCCCUUGGUACGUGCACCUUGCCAGAAAAUUGUCAGGUUGUCAUCGCAGCCUACGUCACUCAUCGGAGCGAAAAAUACUGGAGAAGUCCAGAGGAGUUUGUACCUGAAAGAUUUACGAGCAAGGAGACGGCGGAGAGGCAUUCUCACGUUUUUAUUCCAUUCAGCGGUGGCCCCAUGAGCUGCAUUGGUCAGAAGUACGCUUUGCUGGCUCUCAAAGCAAUCUUGGCUCACGUUCUACAGCAUUACAGAAUGAACACCCACGUGAAAAUGACCGACAUCCAACUGAAAUCCGAUAUAUCGAUUCGUUCGAUUAACGGAUACAAAGUUUCUCUCGAGGCCUUAAUGAGCGAACGACGACACGAUCGGUGCUGACAAAAUCAAUGACAUUGAAAAUCUCUUCGUAGAAUAUCUCAAGUGGACCAUCCUGUGGUUUGCAGACAGGAAAGACAAAAACCCCUCAAAUUUUCAGCUUUUUAAAGGGCUCCCUCAAUGAGAAAAAAAUAAUAUGUUUUAGCUUCGCUGAAAAUUGCGGGAAAAUAAACCUGGACGUUUGAGGAAGUCGUUUCGUUAGAGAGUACGUGCAAAAACCAAAAUUUUAUUUCUUCACUUUUUUCGACGCAAUUAUCAGUUCUAAAUACACAGAGAAUCGAAGGAAAAAGAGAAAAACAAAAACUGUGGGUAUAAUUGGACAAUUAAAAAUGUUUAAGUAUUCGUAGAUGUUUCUGACACUUCAAACGGCCAGCCAAAAUUUGUCAAGACAUUCUAAGAUUGUACAAAUUGGGGUGGUCCACUUGGUAUGGAAUAUCCCAUAUAUUUAUGGGAGAAAAAAGUUUAAAAAACGUUUUAGUUAUUGUUUCCAGUGGCAUGCAACUGCGAGAAUAAAUAUUUAGGAAACCAAA